AUGAUAUCAACUUCGACCUCAUCGGCAUCACUUUCGUCGGUUUUUUCUUCUGCUACUUCGACUUCUGAUGUGGCACCUGCAGAAUCCCUCAAGUUAGUCAUCGUGUGCGUAGGUUUACCGGCCCGUGGAAAGUCCUACAUCACUAAGAAACUUCAGCGGUACUUCAACUGGUCUCAGUUCAACACCAAAAUCUUUAAUGUCGGUAACACACGACGUCAGAAGCAUGCAGGUCCGAGUGAUUACCCAAUUUUGGGUCCUACGACGAUGCCCGCGACGACGACAAUGCAUAAUGCCAACUUCUUUGACGCCAGCAACAAGAGAAGCUUUACACUGCGUGAAAAAUGGGCACGUGAGACUUUGGACAGACUUCUGGAUUUCCUACUGUACGAGGAAGGAAACGUGGGGAUCUUUGAUGCAACAAAUACUACAAAACAACGACGCCGCUGGAUUAUAGAGACAGUUACACAGCGUAUGAGAGGUUCUGCGAAAAUCCUUUUUCUAGAGAGUAUUUGUACUGAUAACGAGUUGAUCGAAAAGAACAUUCAUUUGAAGCUUAUGGGUCCGGACUAUCGGAAAAUGGACAGAAAUCUUGCACUUGAAGACUUUAGAAAGAGAUUGCACAAUUAUGAACAGGUCUAUGAGACUAUCGAUGAGGAUGAAGAGGCAGAAAAUGAAGUUUAUGGCAUACAGUACGUCAAAAUUGUUAAUGCAGGAAAGAAGCUAGUUUCCUACAAUAUUAGUGGGUAUCUAUCAUCACAGUGUGUUUUCUUUUUACUUAAUUUCAACCUUUCGGACCGUCAAAUUUGGCUCACAACAAAUGGAGAGAGUCAAGAUAAUGUUGAACAUAUCCAGGGAGGAGAUUCAGGUCUUUCCUCUAAAGGUUGGAAGUUUGCCAAAGCUUUACCGAAGUUUAUAGGCAAGAAAAGGCAGGAAUUCAAACUUCGGCAGUUGAACAAACAAUUCAUUAAGGACGCGGAGUUUGCCUGUUUCCACGAUAGGCCUCAAAUGGAACCUAAAUUCAAUGUUUGGACAUCAACAUUGGAAAGGACAAAUGAAACAGUUCGAUUUUUCCCUCGAAACGAGUACCACCUCAAAGCAUUUAAAAUGUUGAAUGAUAUGUGUUACGGGUCCUUUGAUUCAACCGCUGAAGUAGAAAUUAGAGACAACCACAUCGACGACUAUCGAAAUAUGAUGCAGAAUAAGCUCAGUUAUAGAUUUCCAGGACUUGGAGGAGAAUCUCAUUUGGAUGUCAUUGCCAGAUUGAGACCGAUAAUAGUAGAAUUGGAGCGGUUAAAAGACCACGUUCUCAUAGUUUCGCAUAGAGUGAUCAUCCGUGUGUUAAUAUGCUAUUUUAUGAAUCUUAGCAAAGAAAUGUUGACAGAGCUUGAUGUUCAACACGACUACGUCUACUGUAUUGAACCAAAACCGUAUGGAUUGGACCUAAAGAUAUGGCAGUACGAUGAAGUGACGGACGAUUUCUAUGAGGUGGAUGAAAUAGAGUUGAUGCAGAGGAAAAGAAGAAGAGCCUCCCUUAGUGUUGAUAAUCAUUACAAACCAGUACUAAGGAGUGAGCUAGAUGCUUCCACUGAAGACGUUGAUGAAGAUACCCUUACUGAACAACAGUCCAAUCAAAUGGAUAUCAAGCAGUAUCAGAAGGUUUUUUGUGAGAGAUCUGAUUCUCAAUGCUAUGAAUUUGCCGAUUCCAAUGAUACUGGUAGUGGUACCAGCCAGUUGGAUAGAGAGGUGAAAAAAAUCAUGGCUAACCAGGAGCUGGUGAAGGAAAUAUGUAAACAGUUUGCUCUUAAAGCGCAAUAA